UUAAACCGCAGCUCCUACUUACGGCGUUUCCUGGUGAUUAUAUCUAUCAUUGAGAGGGCCGCUGAUCCAUUACAGUCGAUAUAUCAGAGCCGGCCGGAGACUCAUCGUCGUAUUUAAUUUGUAUGAUGGCGGAUUCCGGCAAAACCUCCGCCUUGUACGUCGAUCGGCGGCUGGAAAACGGAGAUGCCGGUGGCCUGAAGAAGAACGUGGACGACGACGGAAGGGAGAAAAGAACCGGGAGUUUGGCGACGGCGAGCGCGCACAUCAUAACGGCGGUGAUAGGGUCGGGAGUGCUGUCUCUGGGAUGGGCCAUAGCUCAGCUGGGAUGGGUGGUGGGUCCCUCCGUCCUCGUCGCCUUCUCCGUCAUCACUUACUUCACCUCCACUCUCCUCGCCGACUGCUACCGCUCUCCCGGCCCCGACCACGGCCGCCGCAACUACACCUACACCGACGUCGUCCGUUCUCAUUUGGGAGGGUUGAAGGUUACACUGUGUGGGCUUGCUCAAUAUACUAAUCUGGUCGGAGUUACGGUCGGAUACACCAUUACCGCUUCCAUUAGCAUGGUGGCGGUGAAGAAGUCAAACUGUUACCACAAGGAGGGGCACGGGGCGGAUUGCAGCGUGUCGAACUACCCGUACAUGAUGAUAUUCGCCGGCGUCCAGAUCCUUCUGAGUCAAAUCCCCAAUUUCCACAAGCUCUCGUGGCUCUCCAUUCUCGCCGCUGUCAUGUCCUUCGCCUACUCCUCCAUUGGCCUCGCCCUCUCCGUCGCCAGAAUCAUCGGGAAUCAUAUGAACCACCACGAGGUAAAGACGAGCAUAACAGGAGUGACGGUGGGGGUGGAUGUGACGGGGGCAGAGAAAGUGUGGAGAAGCUUCCAAGCCAUCGGCGAUAUUGCCUUUGCAUACGCCUACUCCACCGUCCUCAUUGAGAUUCAGGAUACGUUGAGAUCCCACCCACCAGAGAACAGGGUGAUGAAGAAAGCAUCCUUGAUAGGAGUGACGACCACCACCGUGUUUUACAUUUUGUGUGGCUCCAUGGGCUAUGCCGCAUUUGGAAACAAAGCCCCAGGCAACUUCCUCACAGGGUUUGGCUUCUACGAGCCCUUUUGGUUGGUUGACUUCGCCAACGUCUGUAUUGCCAUCCAUCUCGUUGGAGCUUACCAGGCAAGCGAGCAAUCAAUCAAGCAACUUCGGCAUUUUGAAAAAGACUCUCUAAUGAUGCUUUCAAAUUUUGACCAAAUUAUUGAAAUAAUUUCUCACGCGCAGGUUUUUUGUCAGCCGAUAUUCAACGCUGUGGAAUCAAAAUGCAACAAAAAAUGGAAAGAUAGCAAAUUCGUGACGGUUGAUCAUGAGGUUAGAAUUCCCUUCUUGGGAGCUUACACCAUAAACAUGUUCAGGUUGGUGUGGAGAACCGCAUAUGUGAUAGUCACGGCAUUGAUAGCCAUGAUAUUCCCUUUCUUCAAUGACUUCUUGGGCUUGAUCGGAGCAGUGUCCUUCUAUCCCUUGACCGUUUUCUUCCCCAUUGAGAUGCACAUCGCGCAAGCCAAGAUACCAAAGUAUUCCUUUACAUGGAUAUGGUUGAAGAUAUUGAGUUGGACUUGUUUGAUCGUCUCCCUCGUUGCUGCAGCUGGUUCUAUCCAGGGCCUGGCUUCUGAUGUCAAGACCUACAAACCUUUCAAAGCUCAAUAAUGAUUGUUAAUGACAUGUUUCAUCCACCAAUACCAAAUGUGGAAUGCAUGUACAUAUGUGCAAUGUUUUCAAUAAAACUACAUGCAUGCAAAUAUCCUCCAAUUUCUGCUUGUGGAAAUGGUUUGUGCAAGAAGAAGCUUAUAAAAGCCACUAAACCAAUUCAAGGGGUAGAAAAUACAUUCUUUUUUAAUAGGUUGUCAGAUUAGUUGUUGCUUCAAUUCAUGCACCCCAACAUGAUGACUUUUAAAAUGUUUCUAGUUCCAUUUCCAUGACAAGAGAUAUGGUAGAUUCUCUUUGUU